UCAAAAUCCGGUGCAUUGGUACUCUCAUUCCAAAACAGGUAUAGGAUGUGAUGUCGGAAGUUGACAGAUAUAAAGGAAGAAAAAGUUUGAGAGUACCAGUAGAUGUUUCUAUGUUAAUAUUCGAACAACUGAAGCAGAUCUAAUAGACCUUCAGGCUUGAAUCAAAAGGACUAUGUGUAUUGUAAUACGGAAAGCGGAAGUAAAGGACUGCCCGGGGAUUUUCGAUUUAAUAACGGAAUUGGCCAUUCAUGAGAAACACCAGGACCAGAUGAAAAUUAGUCUAGAGAAAUUUCGAGAAGAUGGUUUUGGUGACGACACAAAAUUCCAGUGCUUUGUCGCAGAGUGUGAAGAAAAUGAUACAUUAAGGCUUAUCGGGUACGUUAUUUACUUCAAUACGUAUUCUACCUGGCAAGGUAAAUGCAUUCACAUGGAGGAUAUCUACGUGGUUCCGGAGUACCGCAGUAAGGGCAUAGGAUCAAAAUUGAUUGGGUCUGUCUGUAAGGUUGCUGAUUUACAAAACUGUGGAAGAGUUCAAUUCAUUGUUCGGGAUUCGAACAAAUCUGCCAUGAAAUUUUACAAACAUCAAGGUGCAAUAGAUUUGACAGAAGUGCAAGAAUGGCAUCUGUUUCGAUUAACCAGUGAUGCGAUAGAGAAAGUAGCAGCAAAAUAUGAUUAAUGAAAUAUUUUUUUUUAAAUGAAAUGUAUUUUAUUUGAUAACUUUAUACAAUGUGUGUGUAUUUCUCUGAAUAAGUCUGUUUGCAAAUAUGUAACUGAUUCGGGUUUAAUUUCUUUCGGGAUUGUUUUGUGUUAUUUAUGAAAUUGAUAAAAAUAAAUUAUUGACAAGUUUUUCAAUGACAUUUCCAUACGAAACACUUAAAAAAUGGUAUGAAAUUCACUCAAUUUUGUAAACCAAUUAAGUGAC